UUUUAACUUUUUUGUCUGUAGAAUGAUUGAGGAGAGCGGGAAGAGGAGAAGGACAAUGGCAGAGAAGAGACAGCUAUUCAUGGAAAUGAGGGCUCAGAAUUUUGAUGUCAUCAGACUUUCAACAUAUCGGACUGCCUGCAAACUGAGAUUUGUGCAGAAAAGAUGUAAUCUUCAUCUUGUUGAUAUCUGGAAUAUGAUUGAAGCCUUCCGAGACAAUGGCCUUAAUACAUUGGAUCACAGCACAGAGAUCAGUGUUUCUCGACUGGAAACGAUAAUUUCAUCCAUCUACUACCAGCUAAAUAAACGCCUUCCUUCUAUUCACCAGAUCAGUGUGGAGCAAUCCAUCAGCCUUCUCCUCAACUUCAUGAUAGCUGCAUAUGACAGUGAGGGCCAUGGGAAGUUGACAGUGUUUUCAGUUAAAGCUAUGUUAGCAACCAUGUGUGGUGGGAAAAUACAAGACAAACUAAGAUAUAUUUUCUCCCAAAUGUCAGAUUCCAAUGGAUUGAUGAUAUUUACAAAGUUUGAUCAGUUUUUGAGAGAAGUUUUAAAACUUCCAACAGCUGUAUUUGAAGGGCCUUCUUUUGGAUACACAGAACAUUCUGUACGGACAUGUUUCCCACAACAAAAAAAGAUAACGCUAAAUAUGUUUUUAGACACAUUGAUGGUUGAUCCACCCCCUCAGUGCCUUGUGUGGCUACCUCUCAUGCACAGACUUGCACAUGUAGAAAAUGUCUUCCAUCCUGUGGAAUGUUCAUAUUGUCGGUGUGAGAGCAUGAUGGGUUUCCGGUACCGAUGCCAGCAGUGCCACAACUACCAGCUCUGUCAAAACUGUUUUUGGCGUGGCCAUGCAAAUGGCCCUCAUAGCAACCAACAUCAGAUGAAGGAGCAUUCCUCUUGGAAAUCGCCUGCCAAGAAGCUGAGCCAUGCAAUUAGUAAAUCUCUUGGUUGUGUGCCCACUAGAGAACCACCUCAUCCUGUAUUUCCUGAACAGCCAGAGAAGCCUCUUGAUCUUGCUCAUAUCGUUCCUCCUCGACCUCUGACAAACAUGAACGACACCAUGGUUACCCAUAUGUCCUCCGGAGCACCCACUCCAACAAAAAGGUUGCAGUACAGAGUGGACACUGCCAAUCGUUUAGCUGAUGAGCAUGCACUGAUAGCAACAUAUGUGAGCCGGCUACAGAACGGUACACGUGUCUUGGACAGCCCUAGCAGACUUGAUGAGGAGCACAGACUCAUUGCCCGAUAUGCUGCCAGGCUGGCUGCAGAAGCUGGAAAUGCACCACGCCCACCAACAGACCUGGGUUUCAAUUUUGAUGCCAAUAAACAACAAAGACAACUGAUAGCCGAACUGGAAAACAAAAACAGAGAGAUUCUGCAAGAAAUUCAGCGCCUCAGACUGGAGCAUGAACAAGCCUCCCAGCCAACCCCAGAGAAAGCUCAGCAGAACCCAACUUUGCUGGCAGAACUCAGGCUUCUACGGCAGCGAAAGGAUGAACUAGAACAGAGAAUGUCUGCACUUCAAGAGAGCAGAAGGGAACUGAUGGUGCAGCUUGAAGGGCUAAUGAAACUGCUCAAGGAAGAAGAGCAAAAGCAGGCAGCUCAAGCAGCAAGCUCCCCACACUCCUCACCUACCCAUGGAGCCAGUCGCCCAAUGCCAAUGCCGGUCAGAGCCACUUCCGCUGGCUCUACCCCCACGCACGUACCUCAGGACUCACUUGCGGGAGUCGGGGGAGAUGUGCAGGAAGCUUUUGCACAAGGUACACGAAGAAACCUCCGGAAUGAUUUAUUGGUAGCAGCUGAUUCAAUUACAAAUACAAUGUCUUCUUUAGUGAAGGAACUUCAUUCAGAUUCCCUAGUUACUGCUGAACAGUACGUUCACCAGUCCAAACCUUGUGUCUUAGCUGCAGCAGCAGCUGUGGAGUUAAUGAAGUCCUUCAUGUAUUACAGCAGCAAUCACUAGUGCUGUUAUAGUUCUUCUUCGAGUGAUGUCCCUGUGGGUGCCUCAUGUCAGAUGAUUGUGCGCCCCUGCGCCUCUAGUCAGAGAAUUUAGACAGCAAUGUCCGGUGGGCCCCACGUGCGCUGUCCCCUGAGAUCUAGAUUUAGGAUUAACUGUAUAGUAGAAGAUAGGAAAACAAGUUAUAACUAACUACUCUACCCCUUUUCUUUCUUCUCAUUUAAAAAAAUAAAUAAAAAUGUAUUAUUUUAUGUUAUGUUUCAUUCAUCCCUUUCUGGGAUAACUCCACCUGAGAAUGCCUGGGGAUGCCUGGGUUUUAAAUGUUACCUCUCCUGCCAAGAGGCAAUCCCCGUUUCAGAUGGACAUUCUCAGUGUGUCCGCUGCUUGGGGGAAACGCACAUACCCCAGAAGUGCUUCCAUUGCCACAACCUUAAGGCCCAUGCCAGGAAAGUGAGGGACCUUAAAUUCAAACUUAUCCUUAUGGAAAAAUCCCUCAGCCCGGACUCAGACUCAGAACCACAAACUUCUCCCAGUCAUCAGUUGGCUAUAAUCGCCAACUAUAUGACCUUGAUGGCAAAAUACAACCACACCAGUUAUUCUAAACUGUCUGAAUUUAUUGACUUUAUACCAGAAGACUAGUAGGAGCAAUAUAGGUCAGUCAUCGCUGAAGGCCACCUCCUGGCACAAACAGCUCUCCAGGUGUCAUUAGACUCGGCAGACACAGUGGAUAAUGGAGCAAAUAAUUAAGCAAUCAAUUUGCAAACAACAAGAAGAUAAUAAUAUGAUAAGUAACAAUCAGCAUG